AUAACUUGCAUGAAGAGCUUAUCUGAGAAUGGUUUAGAAAACUAUGAUUCACAUCCAGUUAAAGAAUAAUGUAACAUUUCCACUAUGGAGGAAAAAUAAUCCAUGGAGAGUGAUAUUCUGAGGUAAAACAUUAGAAUAUAGAACACUCCAGAUGUGCCAAAGGGUAGAUGCUGUCCAGCCCCAAAUCCCUGUCUCCAGACUAUCACAGCUGCAGGAUCUGUCUCUCUGGCAUCUACAAUUCCUCUUCCUUUCUAAAUGCUGCUCAAAUAAUUAUGCAGGAUAUGCUAAUUACCCCCUAAUAAAAGGUAUGAUUACAAUUCCACUUUGCCAGUUCUGAAUUCUACAGAAAGGCUUGGAAAGAUGUAGUCAUAGAAACAAGUGGCUGCUCUGCACCCCCAGUUUUAGUAGAACCACAGAACCACGUUUUCCUCACACUGAGGGAAAAAACUCACCCUUGCUUGGCCGCUUUCCUGGGGAGUGAAAGGCUGGAAAGCCACGGACCAGCAUUGCUGGGAAUUCUCAAGCAGUUCCCAUCCUCCUGCUGAGCUUAUUUUGGUGAAUAACUGGUUUAGAAGGAGGUUUUACCAGCUUGAUCUUGCCUUCAGAGCAUCAGCUGUAGCAAUUAAAAGUCGGUUCCUUGACAGAAGCUGUAUUCUCUCCUCCUGCAGAACUCUGACCCAGUUGUUAAUAUUACAGAAUAGCAACUGCACUCCAGUGAAAACACAAUCCUUAACAUCUCCUGGAUGUGGGCAUUUGGUGGAAUCAGAAUUCAGCUUGGAUUGGACUGUCUCAGCCAACUCCUCUCUAUUAAGCCAAACCUUUGAUUAUUAAUCAGCACAACUUACAGUCGUAUAUAAAAAAAUAAACUAAACCCUGGAUCUAGAUCUGCCUUUACUCAUUUAAGUCCAUUUCUUCUUACUGAAAAAUACAAGAGUGCCAGUGAAGUGUUGCUGCCCAAAUGGUGGUAAGUUGCAGUACUUUAUUUUUCACAGCAGAUUCUCUUUUGCAGGAUUCUGCAUCUUGUGCUGUGCAGUUCCACUCCUGAUGCUCAAGAUCAGCUGGAAGCUCCAAUGGUGGCUGUAAAUUCGAAUUGCUGACCAAGAGAAGUCUCCAGUGGCUGCUGGGCACAGCUCUGGAUUCUGAACCUUCAGGAAAUGCAUUUGCCACGGAGGAGGCGGCUACGAAGGAACCGAAUCCUUUUCUUUCUUGCCAUGGUGUUGGUCCUCUCUCUCUACCAGCUCCAGUUCAGCCCCUCUGCCCUUCCAGCAUCACACACAGCCCCCCAACGCACGGACCCUGUCAAAGUGACCUCCAGGGACCCCCCCAGCAACAAGACUGCUGGGAGAGGCAAUGCCACAGCACCCAAAAUAAGGCACUGUAUAUAUGUGGAUGCUGAGCCAGCUGUGCCCGUCACUACUCCAGUGGAUACAACCCCACAGCAAGAAAAUGCCAGUGAAAGCCACCCAGACAAAAAACCACCCUAUGAGUCCAAAGGAGAAUAUCCCCAGGACCUGUUCAGUGUGGAAGAACGCAGGCAAGGGUGGGUUGUCCUUCACAUCUUUGGCAUGAUGUAUGUGUUUGUGGCCUUGGCCAUAGUGUGUGAUGAGUAUUUUGUCCCCGCUUUGGGAGUGAUCACAGAGAAGCUGCAGAUCUCUGAAGAUGUGGCUGGAGCCACCUUCAUGGCAGCAGGUGGAUCAGCACCAGAACUCUUCACCUCCCUCAUAGGUGUCUUCAUCUCACACAGCAAUGUCGGCAUCGGUACCAUUGUGGGCUCAGCAGUGUUUAAUAUCCUCUUUGUCAUUGGCACCUGUGCCCUCUUCUCCAGGGAGAUACUCCACCUGACAUGGUGGCCCUUAUUUAGAGACAUCUCAUUCUACAUUGUAGACUUACUGAUGCUCAUCCUGUUUUUCCUAGACAGUGUCAUUGAUUGGUGGGAAAGCCUCCUUUUACUGACUGCCUAUGCCACAUACGUAUUCACCAUGAAACAGAACGUGUACCUGGAGCAAUGGGUGAAGCAGGAGCUGAACAAGAAGCUCAGUGCUGUGCAGGCAGCAUCAGCAGAGCAUGUGAGAAAGAAAAGCACUGGGGCAGCUGCAGAUGAUGGAACAAAGAAGCCACCAGAUGUGAGGAAGCUGCAGCCUGGGCCAGCCCUGCAGCGGGGCAGCAGCUCGGCCUCCCUGCACAACUCCCAGAUGCGCGGCACCAUCUUCCAGCUCAUGAUCCACACCCUGGACCCCCUGGCAGAAGAAAAAUUUAAAGACAGGGUUGACAUCCUGAGCAACAUGGCCAAGACCAAGGCCAAGGCAGAGACCUUGGAUGGACAAGGCCCACAGCCAGAAGAAGAGGAAAAGAAGGUCCCAAGCACCAUCCAGGUAACUCCUGCCCAUGACUCUGAGCCCAGCAAAGCCACAGAGAAGGCAGAUGCACCACAGGAUGGACAGCCCUCAUCAAGCAGUGACAGCUCAGAAGACAGCAGCUCUGAGAGUGAGGAAGACAGUGAUGAGGACAGCACAGAUGAUGAUGAUGAAAACGAUGAGCCCUUAUCUCUGCAAUGGCCAGAAACAAGGAAAAAACAAGCCAUUUACCUUUUCCUCUUUCCCAUUGUCUUUCCUCUCUGGAGCACUCUGCCUGACGUCAGGAACCCUGACUCAAAAAAAUUCUUUGUCAUCACGUUUUUUGGAUCCAUCCUCUGGAUUGCUGUGUUCUCUUACCUCAUGGUGUGGUGGGCUCACCAGGUUGGGGAAACAAUUGGGAUAUCAGAGGAAAUUAUGGGUUUGACCAUCCUGGCAGCAGGAACAUCCAUCCCUGACCUCAUCACCAGUGUCAUCGUGGCACGGAAAGGCUUGGGUGACAUGGCUGUGUCCAGCUCUGUGGGCAGCAACAUCUUUGAUAUCACUGUUGGCUUGCCAGUUCCCUGGUUCCUUUUUUCUGUCUUCAAUGGCCUCAGCCCCGUGGCAGUGAGCAGCAAUGGUUUGUUUUGUGCAAUUGUUCUCCUUUUCCUCAUGCUCCUGUUUGUGAUUAUCUCCAUCGCUGUCUGUAAGUGGAAAAUGAACAAAAUGCUGGGGCUCACCAUGUUUGCUCUUUACUUUGUGUUUCUGAUCAUCAGUGUGAUGUUAGAAGAUAAGAUAAUAUCCUGCCCAGUAUCUGUAUGAUGGCUGGACACUUCAAGAUGUGUGUGAGGAUACAGCAGCAUCAGAAGGGGUUUAAGGUAGCAAAUGUUCUACUGAAAAAAAAGGAACCAGAAUUCUAACAAACUUACUGAGAAUAAAAUACCUUUAACUUACUAAAAAAUAAAUAAAUCUCAAGUGGUAUGUCAGCCUCUGCUAUUUUUCUUUAGGAUCAGAACAGAUACAGUAUCAAAUAGCACAAUGUUUAUGCACUCGUGGCAAAGGCUGAUGUGAUACAGAUGCAUUCAGUUUUCAGUUUG